UUAGCCUUCUGAGGAAGUUGCCCUAGCAACGGGGGCGGAGCCAACCGCCAUUUGGAAAGGAAAAGGGGGAAUGUUUUAAAACCCAGUUUCAGUCUGUGAUUUCUAGUCACAGGAAGAAGACUGAUUCUCAUGUGGAGGGUCAGGGUGGCUCAAACAAAAGAAUUUGAGUCAGAUCUAAAAUAAAGUGAUUUAUUUUAGAUAGUCUGUGAUUUUGAAUCACAGGGAGCAGUCUGGUUUCAAGACUGAAGAAAGCCAGAGGGACAGACCUCUAUUAGGCCAGACUAGGCAAGUUAGGGACUUGUUUAGGGUCAGUUAUAGAGGCUGUGGAUUAGGGAAAGUUAAUCCCAGUGGAUCCAGGAGGAUCAGGUUUUGGUUUAGUUUGGAGGAAGAAGUAUUUUGAAAGUUUGAACACCUCAUAUCCGUUUGUAACCAUUAAGCUAAGUGCCUUUAAAAAGUUAUAAGAAACCAUCAAGCUCUGUACAAGCAAUAAACUUGUUUUGAUUUUAUUCCACCUAAGUCUCUGUCACAAUUAUAUACUAAGUUAAGCGACAUCAUCAUCUGAGGUAAAAUAAACAAAGAAAUCAUUAAAAAGAACCAGUGCCAUCUGCCUGACGUCUCCUCAAAUGGUGGCAGCGAAGAAGAUAAUUAAAUAAAUAAUUAAUUAAAAUCAUCAUUCAUAAAACAUCUUUAUAAUUGGUGGUAUCUGUGUGUGUGGUGGGAUCAAAAAGGAUUCCAUCCCUCUCUCACAUCUGUACAAUUGGCGGCAAGCGGUGGGAUACGUAUAACAUCCCUAAUUUAGUGCCUGAGAUCGCUCACAUAGAAAAUCGUGAGGUAAAAGUUGUAGAAAAUGGCCACUAAAAGACAGGAAAAGACCACCAUGUCUUAAGCAAUGAUGAAAUAUCAAAUAGAGAUGAAGAAAUUAGAAUUAGAAGCACAGGAUAAAGAGAGACAGGCACAGAUGGAGAAGAUGAAAUUGGAGAAAGAAGCAGAGGACAAAGAGAAACAGAGACAGGCACAGAUAGAGCUGAAAAAGAUGGAGAUAGAAUGGGAAAAACAGAAGCUGACACUGUCUCAGCCUUCUGUGGUAACACAACCAGGAGCUCCUAGUGAUUUAGCCUUAAAGAGGUUUCCUAAAUACACUAAGGAGGAUGUGAAGAUGCAGCGGACUGAGCUCGCACCACUUUUGAAAAUGCCAUUGUGCCCAGGGGAUUCUUGGUGCCUGAUUGAUUAUAAGUGGUUCAAAAAGUGGCAGAGAUAUGUGGGUUUUGAAAGUUGGGACCUGUAUUAUGCAGGAAAGCCUGAUCACUACCCAGGACCCAUUGACAACGCGAAACUUUUUGAAGAUUCAGAAACCCAAACUUUAAAAAAGUAUCGCAUGAAUGGAGUGGAUUAUGAGGUGAUUCCUAUUGAAGCCUGGAAUGAGUUAGUCAAUUGGUAUGGCUGUAUGGAGGGACAGAGACCAAUUGAGAGAACGGUUGUGGAGUAUGGCAAAUAUUUCAAGUGCUGUAAAGUAGAAGUUUAUCCUUUAGAGUCGAAGCCAUCUCAAAAUAACGACUCUGUUAAUCUUGUAAGCUCUCAAUUUAAACAAGCAGAAGAUUCUGCUGAAGAUGGAGGAAUCGUAAAUCUCCAAAAGAUAUUAUCUGAGUCACAGAUUGAGAUUCAUUACAUGGCUGAGGUAAAUAAGGCACCAGUGGCUUUGAUUCCUGUCCAAUACCAUAGGGACACAGGAGUGGAGCAAGCUGAAGUAAUUGGGGGUUUAGAAGUGCCAGUCAUUAAUGAAAAUGAUUUGUUUGAACACCGUGGAGAAAUUAAUACUGUUAUAAAGAGUAAUGGUUUAAAAAGUGACUGUGCCUUUACAAAAGAUUUGCCAGAGAAAGAUGGUAACAUGAAGUUGCUUGGUGCUAACAGAAAAAACAAUGUGGUUCCCAGUAAAGAUGAGAAGGAAGAUGAAGUUCUGAGGGAAUUUUGGGAAAUGACUGACUCUAUUUGCUCAGUGGUUACCUCUGUAGUCACUACAAGUACAGAGCAUGGUCAGCAGGUGUGGCCAGAAGAAAAAUUACCUCAGGAAAACACCAAAUUUGAUCCAGUUGAGUUGCUGUGCACGGGAGAGCCGAAAGGACCAACAAACACACCAAAGAAGAUGGACAUUUUGAGCCUGAGGGUCAUCGCCAAUCGCAACGAAUUAAGAAGCAAGUGGAUAUUGGUUUUCAACAGAGAGAGUUCUGAGAACUUCAAUGCGGCAGAGAUUGGUAGUUUCAACUAUCAUCAGUUUACUUUCGAUGUUCCAGAAAAGUGCUUGGACUAUGUUUUGCAAGACUUCUUGAAUGACUCUUGGAAGUUUCGCAAAAGACUUUUUGGGACAGAGAGAGUUCAUUGUGUUGCUGGGAAGGAUGAGUGUAAUUGUCCCCAACAACACGUUAACCUCUGGAAUGCUCCGCAGAGUGAAACACCGAGGAACUGUACCAACUGGGCUGGAGAGGAAGAUUGCUAUGAGUUGGACAAAGUGUCUGGAAGAUGUUUUGGUCCAGUGUAUAAAUAA